AUGGGUUGCUUUUUGGGUUGUUUCGGUCGUCGGAAGAAUCGCCGUCGUCAGAGACGCAGGGAAUCUUUUCAGCCUCGUUUCAAUAGAAUCUCUAAGGGGCCUACAAAGAAUGAUCAUAUGAUUGUUAAGGAAGUCCCAAAAGUUUCUGAGGAGUCUGCAAAGGAUGUUCAUCUCAAUCUUAGGGAUCCUACUUCUGAGAAAGUCCCAAAAUUCUCUGAGGGUUCUGCUAAGGAUGAUAGGGUUCUUACUGUUGAAGAAGUCCCUAAAUUUUCUGUGAUUCCGAUCACUGAUAUCUGUAACAAGGCUGAGGAGAAGCAUAGUCCGAGUCCAACUCUAGAAGAAUCUAUUGAGCCCUUUGAAGAGGAGAAAGAAGAGGUGAAGCCUGAAGAAAAGCCUUUGAAGUCGAGGCAGGCUCGAUGUUCAUCUGAGGGGAGUGAUAUUACCUCUAACUCUUCAGGGUCUUAUCCUUCAAACCAUAGAUAUCAGAAUUGCAGAGAAAGCGAUGAUGAAGAGGAGGAUGUAACAGAUGUUUACACUGAGGAGAUUGCGGACAAUGUUUUGGACAUAGAGAGGAUAGAAGAAAAGACUAGAGGGUCGUCUAACGCGAGUGCUAGAGACAGAAGCGGAUAUGUCAACGUGGUAUUGAACCCGAUUGAGAAUCUCUCCCAAUGGAAAGCUGUGAAAUCUAACGGAAGAAGAACACAGACACAGUCUCGAAAGGAGAACGCCAAUCUCAUCUCCUCCCAAGAACACAAACAAAAUGCUUCUUUUAGCUUGGAGCCUCAGGUUGAUGAGUUUUCAUUAUUCAACUUCAAGCCAAAAUCAAGAGAUGAAACCAAGAAACAGAGAACUCAAGAAGUGGCUGUUGAUGCUAGUCUCUCAACUUGGUUGUCCACAUCGCAGACCACGACAAGCGGAUACAGCAGUGUCUCUAUAAGUGUUGAAACCGCAAUGUCCGAUAAGAAGAUACACACAUCUAGCUACUCGAAACCGGUUCAAAGCCACGAUGAAAGACCUAUAUUGUGUGCGUUAACUUCAGAGGAGAUAAAACAGUUUUCAGCAAAGAAUUCGCCAAGAAAAUCGCCGAGUAGAAGCCCUGAAUCACCUAUAAUCGGAACAGUCGGUGGAUACUGGAACAGUCAAUCCAUGGCCACCAACAAAUACAGAGAAGUUUGA